UGCAAAGAAAGCAAAAUGGCGGCUAACAUGUGAAAUUUCAUUUCCCGCGAAAUAUUGCCGUAUAGAGUUCGCGUAUUCCUCCAGAAAGGAUGUAUUCUGCCCGACCAAAGCCAGAGGACACAGAGGAAGAUCUUCUCAAGUCACAGAGAGAAUUUCUUGCCGCUGAAACCGCUGGAUCUGCAAAAGUCGUCAGAAAACCGGAACAACGUGAUCGUGAGAAGCAGACGACAGCGAGAGAUGUUGUUGAUUUGGAAGGCGGAGGUCUUCCACCACAGCUACCAUCAUUUGAGACUGGGCCCAAACCUUCCAAGAAAACAUCCAGGUUCAAGCAGAGACGAAAAAAGAAUGAAAAGCCUGCGAAGCAAGCCAGCCUGUUUGCACAGCAGUUCUCUGCAGUGUCUCCAACAUUGUUUGGACUUCCUGACCAGACUCAGGAGACAGAAAAGAUGGAGACAGACCAAGGCAGUACACAGGCCAUGGUGUCGGGAUUUGGAGAAACCAGUUCCAUACUGGAGGGCUCAGGACUCACCCAUGGUAGAACAGCUGUAGAGACAGAAGUCCAGCAGAUCCACCAGGAGAACGUGGCUCGGCUGGUGGCCAUGACAGAGGAGCAGAUUCAGCAGGAGAGGGACAAGCUACUGCAGACCCUUGAUCCCAGUCUCAUCCAGUUUCUGGCCUCCAAGAAAAAGCAGCCAACAGCAGAGACACAGCCCACAGGUGAUAUAAGCCCCCUAACUGCAGCUGGUGGUACUGCAGACAAAGCCAGCUGCCCUGCUGCUUUUGGAUCAGCUGUAACCAGUCUAACUGAGGAGGACAGACUGAGGAGUCUGGUUAGUGAGCAGGAUAACUCUGAGGAUGCUUUACUGGCUGAGAUGGACACAGGGGUUCCAUUACAAGAACAAGUGCCUAUCCAACCCUCCAAAGACUGGUUAAACAUGGACGUUGUGGAACAUGAGAAGCUGGAGUGGAUGAAGGACCUCCCCGCUCCUAAACCUGGGGACAACAAGGGCAAGGUUGCCAGGUUUGACCUUGAAGGUCAGCUGAUGUCCAGGGACAAGGACGUCCCCACCCACCUGGGUCUGCAUCACCAUGGAGAUGAACCUGAGGUGGCAGGCUACACCCUGGAGGAGCUGUUCAUGUUGUCCCGCAGUCGUUUCCCCCAGCAAAGGACACUGGCACUGCAGGUGCUGGCCAGGGUGGUAGCCAGGGCUAGGAAUGGUGAGUUUGCAGUGGCGUUGAGUGGUCCCCUGCUGCCUAUGAUGCUGGAGUCUGGGAUGGUGUUUGUUGUCAGGUUCAGUCUGGAUGAGAACACCCCCAGUCUGGUCACCACCGCAGUGGAGGCCCUGCACAGCCUGCUGGUCUUACCUGGGGACGAGCUGUGUGCAGACCAUGUGUACAGUUGGUACCGUGGGAGUGAGCUCCCUGCCUUGUGUCCUGAGAGAGACCCUGAGGAGGAGGGAGAGGAGGGGAAGGGCAGAGACAAGACAGACCAGGAGCUGGCCAAGGAAGAUAUCAUCAAGGGUCUCCUGAGGAUGACGUUACUGCCCAGACUGCGCUACAUCCUGGAGGUGCUGAGACCAGACGGGCCUGUGGUCAUCCACAUUGUAGAGAUCCUGAUCCGGGUAGCCAGACACUCUCUACAGGCUGCCUACCAGGUUCUUCGCUGUCCUCACUUAAUGGAAACUGUCUUCACAGAAUUACUUCCACUGUCCUGGGCUGACAAAGUGUCCAGUGCAGACAAGUCAGAGGCACACGGCCGCCCCCUCCCUCAGGCUAUGAAGCUGAUGAGAGUUCUGUGUACAGCAGGGAGAAACAUCACAGCAAUUCUGAUUUCCAAACAUUCGCUGAUGGAAAGGAUAAUGAGAUAUACUGCAGAGCACCCAAGUGAUCUUCAGUUAGACCAGCUGGAGGCCUUCAGUCUGGCAGUGGAGUCCCUGCGUACCUGGGCAACCUGUGCAGUCUAUGGACUGGGCUGUGAGGCUUUCACGGAACUGUACCCGGUGGUUCUGCAGACUCUGCAGAGACUGUUUGGUACCCUGUCAGCCGUGGGCAGCCAUGCUGAUCCUCAGGCCUUCCAGGCUGCAGCGCUCUUCAGGCUGAUAGAGGGCGCCACACACACUGCAGGAGUAGCAGCAGAACUAGCGGCAAGAUUGGCUAAUGUUGGAGAGAGAGAAGGUAACCAUGACAACCUGCCUGCCCCGCCCAUCAACUGGAGUCAUGUGACCGGCCUGCUGCCUGCCGUACAGCUGUGUGUGAAGAAGUGGGUAACCCAGGCUGUAUCUCACACAGGGCAGCUACAGGAAGUAAACUCGGGACUUGUUGCCAGCUGCCUACACUACCUGGCCUCCUACCUGUCUAAGCUGGUACUGCAGCCGUCCCAUGAUGCAGUGGGGACCCUGCAGUACCUGGAGGAGCUGGUGACAGACGUGCUGCUGCCACUCAUCAACUCUGACUACUUCAUAACACAGCUGCAGAAAGUCAGGACGUUUUCCCCCACCUGUCAGCAGUGUGUCCCCGCUGGUCCCAGACAGGACAGCCCGGCCCUGCCUGACAUGGGGUGCAGGCAGGCUGUCAGCAGACAGCAGCCCUGGCUGUGUGUGCACGAACACUCCCCCUACAACAUGGUCACAGCAGUGUACAGGCUGGCUGUACAGGCAAUUAGUAUACACAAGGGGCUGGCCAACAAGCUGUCCUCCCUGGUGACACAGCAGCAUGUUGUAGCCUUCCUGUCCAGCUGGCAGUCAGCGCCAGACAGCACCUCCUACUGGCUGAGGUUUGAACACCACCUGCUGUACCAUAUCAUCAAACUCUUCACACAGAUGGUUCCCUCUGUCCCAUCCUGCCAUCCCCACACAGUCCUGUAUCACCGGACAGCGCUGACUCUCCUCAGGAGGCUGGUACCUGGGGACGAGCACUACAUCCACGACCUCAUGUCUACUGUAAUCUUCCAGCCUCACUUCUUCCUAGAGAGCAGACUGGGUGACCCCGAGGCAGCUGACCUGUCAGACAUGUUACAGCUGUCCUCAGAUGCUGUUCCCACUCAGAUCAGCAGCGCUGCCCAGCUGUCCUCCCACCCCAGCCGAGGAACACUGCUGCAGGAGGCCUACAGCAGACUCCCCGGCAUCAGGGCCACCUACAUACAGGUCCUACAGGGCUUUAAACUGGACACAGACAAGUCAAGGAAUCGUGCCCUGCAUCGUCCACACCAGAUCCAGUCCCUCCUGUUACCGGUGUGUUCCGCCCCUCUCCUGCCCACAGACUGGGUCUUCCUGCCACUGGUACAGCUGCACAGCCUGGCCAACAGUCUGGAGUCUAGAGGAUACCCAGUGGAGAGUGUGCCCACAGAUGUUGUCACCACAGUGACCAAUAGCUUGAGACUGAUCCUGAUGCUGGAGAUGUGGCGUCCAGACACCCUCACGUCUCUGACAGUGGCCGCCAAGCUGACCAGGCUCAUGUGUGUGUUCCUGACAGGUAGUGAGUUGUUCCUGGAUGGCUCAGUUCACCACCUCCUGUCCUCCCUCUUGAGACAUUACACCCAGCCUGGCCUGCUGACAACUCUGGACUUCAACGUGCCCAUCCCUGGCAUCACAUCCUUCUAUGACCUCUACAAAGGCCUGUUGGGCCAGUACGAGGCCACGUCUUUUGGAGACUCCCUGUUUGCCAGUUUUGUGCUGUUGCCGCUGCAGCAGAAGUUUGGGAUGGGCUUCAAGAAGCUGCUGCUGAGUGAACAUGAUGCUGUUUUCAGGACGUUCCCUCUGCAGUUCCAAGAGCUUGUUGUUCCAGUUGAGAACUACCUGGAGCCCCAGGAGACAGACCAUGAGCUGCUACAGAUGUACCUGGGUGUGUUGUUAACAGGAACAGUCAGGCAGCAGUGGGCUCCCAUCUUCUAUCUCAUCAUGGUCAAACACAUCACAGGCUUCAUCUUUGCUUCUCUGUCUGGCCAGGACACUGCGAGAAGAAGUCUUCUUAGACAGGUGAUGUCAUCAAGAAAUGAGACCCUGAAGCACCAUCUUCUUCACUACAAGAAAGUCAACCUUGAGGCUCGACCUUUGGGCUUUGACCUUCACUGUCAGCUACCACCAGACAGACUUCAGCUGGUGCAGGAUAUAGGAGACCUGUGACAACUGUAACUUAUUAUAUGGUUCAGAGCUGGAUGAAAGCAAAUCUAUUCGGCUCAAUCUGGACAAUUCUAUAUAGUGGGAAAAGGGCCAUGGUUGGCUGAGCUAUAUGCAACAGGUGGUUGAUGAACCUGUGAAAUCCUGCUUUGGCUGUGUGAACAGCUCAUAUUAAUACAGGAAAUAAAGUUUCCAC